AUGUUUGGACUAAGGCUGAAACCAGAUGCCCGAGUGAAGGAGUUCUCCCUGCCCAGCCCCCAUCUUAGGACAUUUUGCGAAAACAUCAACGACGACACUCGGCCCAUGCCCAAAUAUCAGAAACUGCUGUCCGAAGAAACGGAUCUCUUCUUCGCCAGUAUAAAUUCCUCUUUGCAUGGACACUGUCGACGCUUCAGGUGGGCAUUCCUGCAUCCGGUACAGUCGCCGUAUGCUGCGCAGGAAGCCGCCUAUCCUCUGGCCUUCACCAUAGUCGCUCACAGAAAUGUCCGUCAGUUGGCGCGUCUGCUGCGCAUGAUUCAUCUUCCCGCCAACUUCUACUGCAUCCACAUUGACCGUCGCAGCUCACCUGUGUUUAGUCAAGCUGUGGAAGGAAUUGCUACCUGCUUCGGAUCCAGUGUACACGUAGUGCCCCCGGAGUCCCGAGUGACGGUAAGAUGGGGCGGAGCCAGUAUACUCAAAUCAAAGCUUGUGUGCGCAGAAAUGACCUUGAAACAGCCUGGUUGGCGGUACCUGCUUAAUCUGGCAGGAGAGGAGGUGCCCCUUCGCACGAAUCUAGAACUGAUCGCGGCAAUGCAAGCACUGCACGGAUCUAACCUAGUGGAAAGUGUAAGGUUAGGAAGCUACAUCUAUCGAGCUAGAGGUGUUAAAUUACCCAACCAGCGGAACAUGCUGGAAUAA